UUUGUUUGAAUAUGCGGGGGUCUUUAGAAAUGGACGCCAAAUGUAGUUUUUCCGUUAUAACAUACUGUAUUUCCAUUUUUUAUCUCCAUUUGUUUAUAUGAAAAACGAAUUGUUUAUAAGGAAAAUAAUUUAUUAUAUUUACAAGUUAUCCUUAAUUUUGAAAGGCUUAAAACGAAUAGAUUUUAUAAAAGAAAAUGUUUUCUUUCUCCAUUGCAUGAUCACUAUUUGUAUCGUAAACUAAAAAUACAUGAGUGCGUAAGAUUCUUUCUUUUUUAUUACAUUUCUUUAUGAAUGGUUAUUAUGGAGAAAUAUCAGUAUAUGAGAGCAUUUAUAUCAGCUGCAUCGGAAUAUGCAAAACAUCCCAGUGAAACGACCAUAUCUGCUAUACAAAGAAAUCUUGGGGUCAUAAGCGUAUCAUUGGAUCUCAGCAUUUUUGAUCCUACAACUUCUAUAGCAGCUGAAUUUUAUGUCAGCUUACAUGAGCUUAUGAAUUCUUUAGGAUCUAGAACGACAUUAAUUUGGAGUACUGUAGAUGUUCUACAAAAUGCUUGUCGAAAUACUAAUGCCAGACAAGCUCUUAUACAUACUUAUAAAUUUGCUCCUAUAUUAGCUAGAUUAUUGGAGGCCAACUUGACAAGCGAGAAAAGAAUACGUGUUUUGAAACUUCUACAGGAAUUAACUUAUGGCGUAAAAAUUUCUUGGCAAGAAGCACAUUUACCAUAUUUAAUAUCCAUUUUAACACAAUGGGUAAUGCAAGUGAAAGAAGAAGAAAUUGUUGCCCUUUCAUUAGGUGUACUUGUAAAUCUUUGUUACAAAAAUCUUGCAGCAGUUUAUACAUUAAUGCGUACCAUUGAUACAAAAACAUUUAUACGAACGUUACUAAAGAUUCAAAUCAAUAAUGUUAGUACAAGCGUUCCAUGUUGUAAACUUUUGAUUAUAUUGGAACAUACUAAUACAAAUAUCUCAGAAAAACAUAUAUUGGAUUUUGCUGCUGUUACAUUUACAAGUUUAAUCAGUGCUCUUCAAAAAAAAGAUGUAUUAUUGCUAAGACAUAUUAUUGAUUUCUUUGAUGAUGUUGGUCAGAAUGAACAUUCACGAACUAUACUACUUACAUAUGCAAAUUAUAGUAAAGAUGUAGAACGAUUAUUGGCUACUUUAGAAUCUAAUUCUGAUCCAGACUGUGUUGCUCUUUUAAUGGAAUUUUUACUAUCAUUAGUGAAAUUAAAAGUGAUUGCUUUGAUUCCAUUAUACCCAGUAUGUGUGAAAUCAGCUAUGACAUGGGUACCUGUAGAACAAGUAUGUUCUAAGGCACUAGCACUCAUUAGAAUAAUUGUGAUUGAAUCACGCCGUACCAGGGUUUCUACAGAAGUUCUAACAGAACUAGAUCCAUCUGUGCUUAUGCUUAUAACUAGCACAGAAGAUGAUGAAACACAAGAAAAAAAUGAACUACACAAUAUUGAGGCACAAGGAAGACUUGCUGAAUUAAUGCAAUUAUUUCAAGAAAUGGUGAAAAUUUCAGGACUUCGAUCAAAGGUGUUAAAAACAUUUAGUGAACAAGCAAUGCGUAAGCUGUUAAAACCAAUAUUGGAAUAUGAAGAAACUACAAAUAGGGACUGGCCUGGAAAUCUUAUUCAAAAUUCAACAACAAAUCUUUAUAUACAUGCCUUAGUUUUAACAGCAGAUUUGGCAGCUAAUAAUUCAAAUUGGUUAACAUUAUAUUCCGAAUUACUUCGAAAAAAACAAAUACAAAUGAUAAUGGCAUUAGCAUUAUUCACGGGUGAUGGGGAAAUUAAGCAAAAAGUUCUACAAUUAACAUCAUCUGUAGGUUUUCCACAAGAAUGUGUUGCUGCAGUAGCACAAUGUAUGAGACAAUUAGAACCUUUAGUUUUGGUACAAAGCAAUGCUAAUACUGUAACAGGAAUUGGAAUUAAACCUAACAUUAAUUAUAAUGGGAAUGAAAUGGCUCCAUUAUUUUCGUUUGGUCAAGAGGAACGUCUUAAUACUUUUAUAAGCAAGCUUGAAACAGCUAUUGAAUCUAAUCAAAUAGGAGAUAUUACAACUUCUGCUGUAAUGGAACUGUACGAAUACAAAUUAGCAGCUAUGAGACACGCAGAAAGAGCCAUGCAGUCUAGCUUAGAAGCUGCAAAUAAUCAUGCCACUAGUCUGCAACAUCGAUUGGCACAAGUAAUAGCAGAAUCUAGUCGUUUGCAUCAAAUGUUAUUUGAUAGUCAACAAUGCUUAGAAGGUAUAAAAGCUGAAAAAGUUGCAUUAGCAACAAAACUUAAUGAAUCAGAGGAUCAAACGAAGAAAACACAUUCUCUUAAAGCACAAGAAAUUAACGGAUUAAAAAAAAUUGUAACAGAAAAAUCUGCAAAUAUAGAGCUAUUGAAUAAAACAUUGGCAGAACGUAUAAAAGAGGUAGAAACCUGCAUGAACAAAAUUGAAACAUUAAAUAAAAAAAUAGUAGAAUUGGAGACUGAAUAUUCGGCUGCAGUAGCAAAUUCUACAGAGAUGACUAAUAAAAACCAUGAGUUAGGCAAACUUUUAUAUAAAAUGCAAGAUUCCAUUAACAAAAAAGAACAAGUAAUAGAAUUAAAAAAUAGCGAAAUAGAAGCUAAUCAGAAAGAUAUAUCGGCAUUAAAACAAGAAAUUCAACAAUUAACCAAAUUGACUCAUUCUUAUGAACAAACUUUAGCUGAAAAAGAUCAAAACAUACAGAGAAUGACUGCAGAAUUAACAGAUCUAAGUAGAAUGAGAGAUAUGAUUUUCGAACUUACUGCCAAGAAAAAGGAUGAUUUAAAUACAACUUAGCAGAACAAUAAAAUAAGACAAUUUUAUAUACGUGACUAAAAAUAGUAUUGUUACAAAUUUGUCUCUUUUAUUAGUUCUCCUUUAUUUAUGAAAUGUGACACUACUAUUUUCAUAAAGAAUUAUAUGUAAAAUACGAUUUUCAUAUUUUACUAUCAGAUUUGCAAUAUGCUGUGCAUUUAAUAAUGUUUUUUUACACUUAUGAAAACUUUAAAAAAUAUAAAACUAAUAUAGUUUGUAAAAUAUACUCUAUCCUUAAAGAAAACAAAAGAUCAGGAGUAUUAAAGAAAAAUAUUUGUAAAUAAUCAUUAUUACUAAUACACUUUAUUACAUAAUCUUGUCAGAUAACAUCAAUAUUAUUAAAUUCUUAUUGUAAUAGAAUGUAAUUUUUUUUUUUUUUUGUUAUUCGAAGUCAAUUUUUCAAUUUUGUUUCCUCAAAUUUUACAAUUUUGAAAUACAUCAAACUAAAUUUUGUUAUAAACGUUUCCAGCUUUAGUAUAUUUUAAUCUCAUAUAGAUUAUUAUUAUACUAGCAUAGAAACUAAAUUAAAUAUAAUAUAGUCUAAAGAUAUAGAAUAUAAAUACAUAUAAAAAAGAAAUUUCAACUAUACGAUAUCAACACAUAAUCAUAUUGGAAUAAACAUGCAUAAGCACUGUAUUUGAACUAAUAUAGCAGGAAUUACAAAAGUAAUAAAGUUAGAACUAUAAACAUUUAACAAAUCUAUUCGAACUUUUUUUCAUAUAUAUGAAAUGCCAACAAUAUUUAAAUGUACAUCGACUUAUGCUUUAAUAUUCUUCUCAUGACUUUAAAAGAUUCUUAUUGAAUUACAUGUAAUUAUUAAGUUAUAUACACGAUUGGUUUUGAAUGUCUUAUCUGUUCUAUCUGUACGCUGCAUGCGUUUUAAAUAAAAACAAAAUAAUACGUCCAUACAGGAUGUUUCAAAAUAACUAUUUCUAAUUUUGAAAUAUAAUGGAGGGCAUCUAAUUAAACACUUUUUCAUAAUAGUAUCGGGAAGUAUUUCCGUACUUAAUAAGAUAAAAGUUGAAACUCUUGAAUCUUUAUUAUCAUUCUCUAAUUAAUUAGGUAACUUUUAUAUCUAAUGUCAUAUUAAAUCAAUCGUUUAUUAGAGACAUAUAUCAAUACUGAAGAAGAGUUAGUUGUGUUAAAACUAUUUUUACUUUUGAUGAUCUUCGUAACUAUUUGUAAAUAUUUCAAAGAAUUUGUUGUUCAAUUAAACGGCAUUCGUAUGUCAACAAAGGCAGUCGUAAUACUGAACAAUUUUUAUAAUUGUUUUAAUACCUACCAAUUUACGAUAAUUUCACUAAUUUACGGUCAUUAAACUAAAAAAAUUGCGUUGGAAAUUAUUUGAAGUUUCCUUUUCAUAUCGUA